AUGGAAGCUCACCUCCGAGACUUUUCCUCUCCUCUCGACGCUUGUGAGCUUCAUGGUCGUAGCCCCCUCGGGCUCCUUGUUCCCCUGAUACCUACAUCCAUCCGGGUGAAGCAUGACUUGGCCUGUAUCUUCUCCACUGCUCGUUGUACCGAGAUGAUGGGUGCUCCACUGAACCGCAAACUCUCGACCUCGCCGGAUGGUAAGUUUCGAGAAGGUCGGAACUCCGCUCCCUCCAUGUCUUGGGUGAAUCCAGACUCGGGAGAGAAAGAGCCCCCUGAACCGCCGGAUCCUCCGGACCCUCCGCGGUGGCCACAUCGUCGUUGUAUCUCCCCAUCUCCACCACCGUCCUCCAUCCUAGCCUCUCGGAGAUUCUAG